AUGGCAAUCCCGAAGAGAUCGUCCAAAUGGUACCGCAUCAAGUGGUUCACUGACGAGGACACUGCCGAAGAACGUAAGCUCAUCUUGAAGCUGGAUCUCCUAAUCGUCCCCUAUGCUUUUCUUUCUUACUGGGUCAAAUACAUCGACCAAGCAAACAUAAACAAUGCGUACGUCGGAGGUCUCAAAGAGGACCUGAACUUCCAAAACAAUCAGCUCGUACAUCUUCAGACGCUGUACACCCUCGGUGCAGUUCUUGGACAGCUGCCAUUCUUGUUUCUAUUCCCUAAGAUUCCGAUGUAUUUGUUAAUACCAUCUCUGGAUGUCGUCUGGGGCGUGUUUACGCUGCUUCAGUACCGAGCCAACUCCUACGCUGAACUCGCGGCGUAUCGUUUCUUGGUCGGGUGGUUUGAGGCUGCCUUUUUCCCGGCGAUGCACUUCAUCUUCGGCUCCUGGUAUCGUGGCGACGAAAUUGCCAGAAGGGGCGGCGUGUUCUAUGUCGGUCUCACCCUAGGAACCAUGACCGCAGGCUUCAUCCAAGCCGGUGCGUCAGCGAAACUAGACGGCCUCCAUGGACUCGCCGGCUGGAGGUGGAUGUAUAUCAUCUGCGCCAUCAUCACCAUCCCAAUCGGCCUGCUCGGACUCGUAGUUCUUCCAGGAACGCCAGACAAGCCCAAUCGACUGAUUCUAACGAAGAAAGACAUCGAGCUUGCGUCUUUUCGGCUAGAAAGGGCAGGCCACGUGCUUACCGGAAAAGUCACGUGGGGUACCGUCGUGAAGUUGGCGAAGAGUCCGCGGAUUUGGGCGCUCCUGCUUCUGGAUGUCUUCUUCUGGAAUGGCAGUGUCAACACAUCGACAGGCGGGUAUCUUCUCUGGCUCAAGAGCUUGAAACGCUACUCUAAGAGCCGACUGAACGAGCUUGGUACAGCGUCUCCAGGUCUCGGUAUCUUCUAUACGCUCCUCGUGUGCUUUUCGUCGGACCUGCUCCUUGGGCCUGCUUGGGCAAUUACGCUGGCGCAUACGUGGAACAUCAUCGGACUAGUGAUUCUGACGAUAUGGGAUGUUCCGGAGCCGGCGAAGUGGUUCGCGUUCAUGACGACGUACUCCGCAGUCGCCAUGUCGAGCGUUUUGUACGGAUGGAUCAACAGCCAGCUGAAGUAUUCUCCGGCAGAGCGAUCUUUCACGCUCCUUCUGGCGAAUGCUCUAGCACAGUCAACCACUGCAUGGACUCCGCUUUUGACAUUCAAGACUAUGGAGGCUCCGCGGUUCAAGAAGGGGUACCCUUUCGUACUGGCGAAUGCGGUAUGUCUAAUUGCCCUCGCGCACAUAAUCUCGUGGUAUAUCGAGCGGAAAGAGUAA